AUGAAAGGUGUUCAUUUCCUCAUAAGCACUCUUGCCAUAUUGGCAUCUGCAACCUUCCUUGUCUCUGCCUCUGACCCCAGUCCUCUUCAGGACCUCUGUGUAGCACUUAAUGACAACAAAUCUGCUGGUAGAUAUUUCGGUGCAAACGCAGUGUUUGUGAAUGAGAAAUUCUGCAAGGACCCAAAGCUUGUCAAUGCAAAUGAUUUCUUCUUUUCUGGCCUCCAAAACCCAAGAAACACACAAAAUCCGCUUGGUUCAAAUGUGACAACUGUGAAUGUGGACCAAAUAGCGGGGUUGAACACUCUCUGUUAG